GACAGGGCCAACAACCCAAAUGAAAAAAAAAAGAGCCCCACACGAUACGAUUUCGGAGGUGUGGUCUACAAGCGGCGCUUGCAAAUUUGACUUCAUAAUUGCUGUCCUUUUUUUAAUUUUUGACAGCUAGUUGUAUUUGUUAACCUCCUUCUUUCGCUUUACUUGAAUUUAGCCAAUUAGAUGUAGGCAGAAAUAUAAGUACUACUUCUCAACAACUUGCAUAUAUGAGUAAGGCAUAGAAAUAGGCAUUAAUUAAACUUGAAUUUGCUCUCAAAACAUUGCUGUUAAAAGUGAUCCAUAUUCUUUAGAAAAUCAACGCUUGAAGCAUAUUUCUUUAUUGACGCUGGUAGUCCAGAACAGUACUCUCAUAUUAAUUAUGAGAUAUACCAGAGCUAGCGUCUCUUCCGACAAAUUAUAUUUGGCGUCUACUGCUGUGUUGAUGAGUGAAAUAAUAAAAACAAUAUGUUUUUUUAUUGCUAUAUACUUUCUAUUUCUCUCAACAUUUUCAAUAACUUCGUCUGUAUCGUCAUUGAGUUCAAGUUGUAUUAACCUACAAUAUUCUCGUCGACAACGGUACCUAAUACGCGCCUUUAAGAAAACAUUAAUUAUUCAAUGGAGAGAAACGCUGAAACUAGCAAUACCUGCUGUACUUUACUUGAUACAGAAUAACUUGCAAUACGUAGCUGCUACCAACUUGGACGCGGCUACUUUCCAAGUCACCUAUCAAUUCAAAACUUUGACUACCGCCUUUUUCUCCGUUGUCAUGCUUAAUAGAAAACUAAGCCAUAAGCAAUGGAUUGCAUUAGCCCUUUUGACUGUGGGUAUUGCAUUUGUCGUUUUGCCGAAAAGUAACAGUCCACAAUAUAAUACCGCUACAGAUAAUGCAACGAUUGGAAAUCAGUUCAAUAUGGAAGGUCUAUUAUCUGUAUCCAUGGCCUGUAUUCUAUCUGGUGUAGCGGGAGUUUACUUUGAAAAAGUGUUCUAUGGCGAUAAUGAUGAUGAACAAUUAGAAGAAGCUCUUUCUUAUUGGAUACGCAACAUGCAAUUAUCAAUGUCAUCUGUUCUUUUGGCUGCUGUAUUUGCCGUCGGCAUACAAGAUGGAUCAAAAAUCAUAGAAAACGGCUUUUUUCAAAAUUACUCUUAUAUGACAUGGAUUGUGAUUUUCAUUCAAGCAGCAGGAGGUAUCAUUGUAGGCUUAGUUAUGCGUUAUGCUGAUAACAUUUUAAAGGGCUUUGCUACCAGUAUCAGUAUUCUUAUAUCAAGUAUGAUCAGUUAUGGACUGUUUGAAUUCCAGAUCACCUCUCUUUUUAUUGUGGGUGCAGCUUUUGUUAUCUAUGCCACAUAUUUGUACAGUAACUGAAAUAUAUGCAGACUAAAUUAUACUAUAUACAUUAAGCUUUAUCAUUAUAAUCCUUUCUUCUACGUUUGGCUAACGGUUUUUCCC